GACUCAAAUACCCCUGCUUGUGCUCUGUAGACUUCUGGCUGGGAAGGACUUGAGAGUUGAGGUGCUAUGCUCCAGAACUCUGGUCCAGACCUGGUCUCCUGAAAGAGAGGGGCCCUUGCUGUGCUCCUUUCCCCAGAAGACUGCACGGAAAAUUGAGUCACAUUGGUGGAAGAAAACACAGUGAGGAGAAUUACACUGAUCUGGCCUAGAGUUUGUGACAGAUUCUGCUUGUCAUCAGAAAGCCUGAAGACUGGAAGGGACCCUGCUCAGCUGCUCUCUCCCCUUCCAAGACAAAAGCGACACACAGUCCGCAACAUGUCCAACAUAUUUGAGCGGGCGAGCAAGAACAUGAUCAAACGUCUUGGUGGGAAAGACAUGAGGCCUGUCACAUGUGCGCUGGAUGCCAACAAAUUCCGUCAGUUUAGUAUAAUACUGAAGAGAUCUCGAUUUUUGAUCGGGGAAGGUCCUGAUGACAUUCCAGUUGGAUAUUCUCUCAUGCAAAUUCUGGAACCCAGUUCUUCAGUCCCAGACUCUGUAAUAUCUGGUCCACUUAGCACCGUGGACUUUGAAGUCAAGAAGCUGACUGCUGAUGUGGGUAUCAAUGUUGGUGUGGAAGUGAGUGUGUCAGGAGGAGUCACUCGGUCCCAUGGAUCCACUCUUGAGAUUCAGAGUGUUAGCAUCCCGAACUGCAAUCUGGAAAUCCUUCAAAACAGGAAACUGUUGGACCAAGAGCCAUCAUUUUUGAGUAUUUGCCGAAGGAGAGGGGACAACCUAUAUGUGGUGACAGAAGCUGUUGAACUGACCAAAGAUACUGUUCUGUGUGACAACAGCAGUGUGGCUCUUUCAGGAAAAGUGUCUAUCCCUCAGGUUACUUCUGUCAAGGGUGAAGGCCAAGGACAAGGCCAGCGGGAGACAACAAUGAGGGUCCUUCAGGGCACGGUGAUGGCCUACAGGAAGAAGAAGCUGGUCAUCAAGGACAAAUACUGCAGCGUACUUGUAAUCGAUGACACGAAGCAGAGGACCUUUCAGUAUGAGCAACCUACACUGCGAAGUGCAGAAAUGACAAAGCAUCACUUUCAGUGUUCGCCCAGAAGCAUUUGUGUAGAAGCGCCGGAGGAGCUAAGGAGAGAAAUCUACAAGAUGGAGUUCAGUCCCAUCCUUCCGAUAGGAAGAAUAGAGGAACCUUUUGGGAAAGGUUUCAGACUCCUGGAAGAGGAGGUUUCUGAGAAUGUGAAGGCUCUGGCCUGGGUCUCAAAGGACGGAAGGGAUGUCAUGUUCCAUAGUAUCCUGGCCAUGCUGGCGGACAGAGAGGCUCUGCAGAAGCUGAUGGACAUGUUGGAAAUGGAAAACUUCAGUCAUCUGGACGGCCCUGGUGGUAAGAUCCUAGAUGAGCUCCGACAAGGAUCAAGCCCUCCCUGGAUUAACCUAGAGAACCUCAUUUUUUACCUCCUGGAAGUCUUACUAGUGCUGAGUGAUGCCCAGUUUGUUCUGCUGGUCCAAUCUGUGGAGAAGAGAAUUCUGUUUCAGCAACGAGAGCUGGUAAGGAGCAUCCUAGAGCCAAAUUUCAAGUACCCCUGGCACAUCCCCUUCACCCUCCCAGCAGAGCUCCUCUCCCCACUCCAGGGAGAGGGCCUGCGCAUCACCUAUGCCCUGCUGGAGGGGUGCGGCCUUGAGAUGGAGCUGGGGAGCCCCCGGUCAACCUGGCACCUGGAAGCCAAGAUGCCCUUGUCUGCCCUCUAUGCAGCUCUGUCACUGCUGCUGCAGCUGGCUAAGGACUGGCAGAGAGUUAGUCCAGGGCCUGGCCCAGCCCACUCAGUGAGAACCCUUGGCAGGCCUGGGAGGUCCCGCUGCUCCCAUUUCCUCCCCGGGACCUUGAUACAUGUGGAGACAGGGGUUGGGAGAGACUUGAGGGAAUGUUCUAGGGUGAUGGAAAUGCUUCGUUGAUAAAGGUUAAUAAAUCUUUUGAAAUGCCUCAAAA